AUGUCGCAGCGAUUCAGUGGACACGCGUCUGAUGAAGAUCUCAAGAUUGCCACACCAACUUCCAAGAUGUGCCUGAGUUUUAACUUCUUCAAUAACAAGGGCGUUGAGUUCGUCGACUGUGAGAAAAGAAUUCCUUUCAUUUGUGAAAAAGUGACAGACUUUGCUGAAGACCAUAGUGUCACCUGGAGCCCCUGGAUAAAUGUCGGCAAAGCAGGAUACGGGGAUGUGGAAUCACUGGGUGUCACAGUAAACACCUACAACAAAGGCACCCUUGUGAAUGAAAUCAAGUGCUUCAACCCAAUGGUCAAGAGCCAUUGUGAGAAACAGAACCGAAAGUGCCAGGACAAAGUGUACGGGCCGCAGUGUGUGGCUGUACGGCCAGUGAAGACGGGCAAGGAGGUCAUUGGUACUGGUACAUGUACUCAGGACGGCGUCAAGUAUGACAUGCACCAGUGCGCAGCUCGAGGCGACCCACAUUACAUUACUCUGGACAGCUUGAAAUACGACUUCCAAGGCAAAUGCAGCUACACAUUGGUGCAAAUCUGCAACUCCUUCACUAAAAGCGACCGUUUCCCAACGUUCAGGAUUAUAUCUUCGAACGACCGAAGGAGGCCCAGUGAUCAAGUGUCGUUCACCAGAGGCUUUGAGCUGUCUGUGAGAGGAAUCAGAUACACAUUCAGGAGAGGAACGUUUAAAGUCAACGUGAGUGGUUGGCUUAGCUGGAGUUUUUAAAAUAAGUUUUAGUAUGAGUCUUAUGGCAUUCGCAACACAAUUAUAUCAUACAAAGGCCGGGGAAUAGAGUUGGUACUAGUGGGUAACAUACAAAGAAAAGAAGGGGAGAGUUAAAAAUGAUGUAUGGUCACUUUCAAGCACAAUGGCGCCAUCCCGAAAAAUACUGU